AUGAAUAUUGGAACACUCAGCUUGUACUUUUCGACAUCAGGGACGAUCACGGACCAGGCCGUCAUGGUGUGGUCGAUGAGCGGUCCUCAGACAAACGCUUGGAUAGGAAGAGAGAUACGGGUAACGGAUUUCAUCUCCACCUCCACAUCUGGGUAUUUCCUUUUCAAAGGACAGAUCAACAGUUACACCGCUGAUAUGGCUUUAGAUGACAUCUCCUUGGGCUCUUGUACAGAUCAGCUCACGCCUACCACCUCACAACAAACGACUACAGAUAGUGUGACAACAACGCAGUCAACAACGACAGAUAUACCUACAACUACCCAACAAACAACUACAGAUACUGUAACAACUAUUCUGCCAACAACGACAGAUAUACCUACAACUCCCCAACAAACAACUACAGAUACUGUAACAACUAUUCUGCCAACGACAGAUAUACCUACAACUACACAACAAACGACUACAGAUACUGUAACAACUACUCAGCCGACGACUGGUCUCCCUACGUCCGCACCACUAUCUACUACAGAUAGUGUGACAACUAUUCAGCAAACGACAACAAUGGGAACAACCGAAGCCACAACAACGAAUGCGCCAACCACCAUAACGGUGGUAUCAACAACUGAUCAAGCUGACUGUUCACAAUCAAGCACUGGAAGUAGCUUUGUAAUUGCCUUUCCAAGUAACCUAGAGCUGGGUUCAGAGAGCAAUUCAUUGGUGAUCUCGACAUCCUCCCACCAAACUGUUACUGUCGAAGUUCUUGAAUCCGACGGUAAUACAUUAUCUGGUGUAGUUACAGAAGGAAUCAGUCUAACAUUCAGUCUGUCAGAGAAUUCCCGAUGCACAGGAUCUGGUUGGCAGGAUUGCUCAGUAAGAGUGUUGGCAGUAGAUGGUGACAUCUCGGUGAUUGCGUAUAGCGAUGUGGGUACGUCUACGGGUAGUUUCCUCGCAUUCCCUGUGGACAGUCUCGGCGAGGAAUACGUCAUAGCAAGCUACACCCCUAGAGGAGGUUUUAAUUCAGAGUUCACUGUAACUGCAGCUGAUACUGCUGCCACUGUUAUGAUCGAGUUUCCUGAAGUAAUCAGACAACAUCGAUUGAGUAAUGGCCUGACCCCUGAUCUUGAAUUUGACCUCAACGCUGGCCAGACAUAUCAGGUCCAGAGUACUCUGGAUUUGAGUGCUUCCCGAGUGGUGUCAACAACACCCGUAGCCGUAGCAUCAGGAGCAAGUUGCUCUGAAUUGCCAGUUGCAACGAAGUAUUGUGACUAUAUUGUUGAACAGAUGCCUCCAGUAAACACUUUAGGACGCUCCUUUUCUGUUUCUACUUAUCACGCAAGACCACAAAGUGGACUGGAUGUGAGAAUCAUAGCUACUCGUGAUGACACGCGUAUCACAUCGGAUUUAGGUAGCUUCAUUAUUCAUUCGUUCGAGUAUCUUGACCUGAAUGGAAAUCAGCAAACGGCAAUCGAUAUUGAGGCUUCAGAGCCUGUUCUUGUUGUUCAGUACCAGAGGGGGCAUGAAAUUGACAGCAUUGGAGAUCAAUCAAUGACAGUGAUUUCUCCCAAGGAACAGUUCUCAGUAGGAUCGAUCACUUUCCCCGUCGCCCUCUUAUUCUCCCCUUGGAACUAUAUCAUGAUAGCAGUGGAAACCAUGGAUAAGAGUGGGAUCCAGUUCGACGGUGUUUUGUUAGACUCAUUACCCACGACUCUUACUUACACUUCCCAAUAUACAUUUUGGGGUAUAUAUAUCUCACAUUUUGGGGGAAAUAUAUCUCAUAACGUGAGUCAUGUUGAUCCAGACGUACCAUUUAGUGUCGUUACAUACGGUUAUGAUAAAUACGAGGGAUACGGGACAUCAGCAGGUACCUUCUUGAGGCCAUCGCGCUGCAGGCAGGCAACGACUACUUCAUCGCAGGUGACUACAGAUGCAUCUACAACGGAUAUCUCUUCAACGAUAGUGACAUCCGAUACAACGUCAGAUUUAACUCAGACGGACAUUGUGACGAUUACUGAUGGAUCUACCAAGGCUGAUUCUACAAUGGCUGUGACUACUGACGGAACUACAGAUACAGCUCCAACCACUACUGUGACUACAGAUGCAUCUACCACGGAUAUCUCUUCAACGACCGCGACAUCCGACACAACUUCAGAAUCUACUCAGACGAAAAUUGUUGACUGUUCUCAAUCGAACAUCGGGAGAAGCUUCAUAGUCGCCUUUCCAAGUAACGUUGAGAGUGGUUCAGAAAACAAUUCUCUCGUGAUUUCGACUUCCUCCCAACAGAAUGUCAAUGUGGAGGUGAGUGAGUUCACCGGUGAUACCUUGUCAGGUAUAGUUUCUUCCAGUACGACUCUAUCACUACCAUUGUCUGAGAUCUCCCGAUGUACCGGUUCUGGUCUGCAGGACUGCUCUGUAAAGAUCUCGGCUCUGGAUGGUGAAAUCUCGGUAAUUGGAUAUAGCUAUUGGUUUCGUACCAUGGAUAACUUCCUUGUGUUUCCCGUGGACAGCCUCGGCAACGACUAUGUCAUAGCUAGUUAUACUCCUACUUCUGCAUUCUCCUCAGAGUUCACUGUAACCGCUGUUUCUACUGUUACCAAUGUAACCGUGGAGUUUCCAGAGUUGAUCAGAGAGGAUAGAAUAACAAAAGGCUUGACCGCAGAUCUCAACUUUAUACUCAAUGCUGGUCAGACUUAUCAGGUCCAGAGUCCUCUGGAUUUGAGCGCCUCACGUGUUGUAUCAUCCGCACCUGUAUCGGUUAUCUCAGGUGUGACAUGCGCUAACGUACCGGUUGGGGCGUUGUUCUGUGACUAUAUGGUUGAACAAAUGCCACCAGUCAACACCCUAGGACGUUUUUUUUCUGUGUCAACUUACCAUGGGAGACCGAACAGCGGACUUGAUUUUAGAAUCAUAGCGACCCUCGAUGACACUCGUAUCACAUCGGAUUCAGUUAGCGCCACUAUUCAUGCGUUUGAAUAUUAUGACUUCACCUCAGACACUCCUGAUGCUUUUGAAUUUGAGACUUCAGAGCCUGUCCUUGUUGUUCAAUACCAGAGGUCUUAUGUAAGCGACUACCAAGGAGACCCAUCGAUGUCAAUCAUUUCACCGAAAGAGCAGUUCCCAGUAGGAUCGAUUACCUUCCCAGUUGCGAGUUCUUUCGUCUCUUCGAACUAUAUAGACAUCACUGUAGACACCAUGUAUGAGAGUGGGAUCCAAGUAGACGGUGUCUUAUUGGACUCGUCGACCGCAUCUAAUGUCACUACUGCAGUUUCUACAAUCUGGGGAAAAGAAAUAACGGAAGGAGUUCAUACCGUGAGCCAUGUUGAUCCAGAUAUCCCAUUUAGCGUCACGACUUAUGGUUAUAGUACAAUAACUCCACAAGCUUACGGGACAUUAGCGGGUACCUUCUUGAGACAAUCGGGCUGCAGACAGACGACUACUUCAGCACAGGUGAUUACAGAUGCAUCUACCACGGAUAUCUUUUCAACGACCGCGACAUCCAACACAGGUUCAGAUUCAACUCAGACGGAAAUUGGUAAGAUGGAAAAUCUCCUAUGCCCAUAA